AUGGCUUCUGCAAAAGUCAAUGAUGACCAUGAGCCACAAAGAAGCUACUGGAGAUGGAGCAAACAAGAUUUCUUUCCAGAGGAAUCCUUUCAAAGCUGGCACAACUAUGGUUCGGCUCUUUCACAAACAUGGUUAAGGUUCAAGGAUCGUGUUUCGACCAGAUCAGAUGACGCAACCGAGUCACAAGAGCUUCAGAAACAAAGUGAGAAUGAAAUGAAAAAAUGUCUCAACUGGUGGGACCUGAUUUGGUUUGGCUUUGGUGCAGUGAUUGGGGCAGGAAUCUUUGUGUUAACUGGCCAAGAAGCUCAUAACCAUGCUGGUGCAGCAAUAGUCUUAUCCUAUGUAGCUUCGGGAAUUUCAGCAAUGCUUUCUGUUUUCUGUUACACAGAAUUCGCCGUUGAAGUUCCAGCUGCAGGUGGUUCAUUUGCUUACCUAAGAAUUGAGUUAGGUGAUUUCGUUGCUUUCAUAGCAGCCGGUAACAUACUCCUCGAAUGCGUUCUUGGAGGUGCAGCAGUAUCUAGAUCAUGGACAUCUUACUUCACAAGCCUUGUGAAUCGUCCGAAAGAUUCGUUUCGAAUCAAAGCACAUCAUCUCAAAGACGGAUACAAUUUACUUGACCCUAUAGCAGUUGUUGUUCUGUUAACCGCCGGAACAAUUGCAAUGAUCAGCACAAGGAAAACUUCGCUUCUCAAUUGGAUUGCAUCGGCAAUCAACACUGCUGUAAUCAUAUUCGUAAUUAUUGCAGGGUUUCUUCACGCAGAUACAUCAAAUUUGACGCCUUUUUUACCUUACGGAGCUAGAGGUGUAUUUCAAGCAUCAGCAAUUCUUUAUUUUGCUUAUGGAGGUUUUGAAAGUCUUGCAACAAUGGCUGAAGAAACAAAAAAUCCACCAAAGGAUAUACCAAUAGGUUUGAUUGGUUCAAUGUCAGUAAUCAUAGUGAUUUAUUCUUUGAUGGCACUUUCAUUAAGCAUGAUGCAGAAAUACACAGACAUCGAUACAGGUGCGGCUUUUUCAAUUGCAUUUCAGAAAGUAGGAAUGAAUUGGGCAAAAUAUGUCGUCGCUUUCGGUGCAUUGAAGGGUAUGACAACAGUCCUUUUAGUAGGAAGAUUAGGACAGGCGCGUUACAUUGUCCACAUCGCGCGUUCCCACAUGAUUCCUCCUUGGUUUGCUCUUGUUCAUCCCAAAACAGGAACACCUAUAAACGCAACACUUUUGAUUACACUUACAAGCGCUUGCGUAGCCUUUUUCACUAGCUUGGACGUGUUAUCGAGUUUGAUAUCAGUAAGUACACUUUUCGUUUUCGUGUUGAUAUCAGUUGCGCUUCUGGUAAGGCGGUACUAUGUUAGAGGAGUUACAACAAAAGAAAAUCAGUUAAAGCUAGUUAUGUUUUUGCUUCUCAUUGUUGGUUCUUCAAUGGGAACUUCAGCUUAUUGGGGAUUGAGGCCUAAAGGUUGGAUUGGAUAUACUGUUACCGUUCCUAUUUGGUUUUUUUCGACUCUUGGAAUGUCGGUUUUUUUGACUCAACAAAGGAAACCAAAAUUUUGGGGAGUUCCACUUGUUCCAUGGUUGCCAUCUUUGUCAAUUGCAACAACUGUUUUUCUCAUGGGAUCUUUGGAAUAUGAAGCUUUUGUGAGAUUUGCAAUAUGCACUUUGGUAAUGUUGGCUUACUAUGUUUUCUUUGGUCUUCAUUCAACUUAUGAUAUGGCUCAUCAACAAGAGAAGGUGCAACAUAUCAAUGUGAAUCACAAAGAGACUGAUAGGAUUGAAGGGCCUUAA